CCUGGGGCUGUGCAGAAACUUGUGACCGUGUUGUUGGGUAGCUUGGUUACCCUCUAGACGGACGGGGUCAGACCUCAGAGGUAGACUCACACUGACUCUGCACGGACUCGCACCGACCUUGGAGUCUCCAGACGCGCAUCGGAGGAUUUUGCGCACUGGAAAGGAGUGGAGCAGAAGUGAGCGCAGAGCCAGCACACCAGAGUGAGACUGACCGCAGUCCCUCCGCCGGGCUACGGGCUCACUUGUUUCUCCGCGUGCACACACUGCUAGCAUCUGAAAGCCAGUGCUCGGUGAGUGUGUGUUUGGUUUGCUCUUCCCGCGGAGCCUCUGCGUGUAGCGUCUCACCUCCUUCAGCCUUCAGCAUCCGGAGAGAGCGGGACGUUUGACUGGAUUUGUCCGGACAUUUCUCUGGAUCGGACAGGAAUGCUAGUGACCACUUUACCGAACUAACGGAGGUGAUCUCAGCGAUGCUUCAGCGGAGUCUUCGUCUGCCCCUCUCCAGAUCUCCCAGAGAGGAUUUACGCGCUGCUCAUUCCCAGUAAGCCGAGAAUCAGAGAAGAUGAGAGCCGUGCCAACGUUCCUGGUCCUCUUCGUCCUGCACCAGGUCACAUGCAGGAAAGCACAUGGAGGAGCCACAGAGCUAAUUGAGUGGGGAGACAGCGAUAAUGUGCAGAAGAUUUCCCCUACAGGGGCCAGUCCACGAAUCCUCAAUCCCCUGCGUUUGUUUGCCAGGAGCUCCCCUGGGUUUAAAAGCAACAUGAGGGAAAUCACAUAUUUACAGAACAUGGAGGACUUCUGGGACUGGUUAUCUAACCAGACAGAUGUUCAGGGUGUGCAGGCUCGAACUAAACGCAGGCCCAUUGUCAAGACUGGCAAGUUCAAGAAGAUGUUCGGGUGGGGGGAUUUCCACUCAAACAUCAAGACUGUAAAACUCAACCUGCUUAUUACAGGGAAGAUCGUGGACCACGGAAACGGCACUUUUAGCGUUUACUUCCGCCACAACUCCACUGGCCUGGGGAACGUGUCUGUCAGCCUGGUGCCGCCAUCCAAGGUGGUGGAGUUUGAGAUCGCCCAGCAGUCCACGCUGGAGACCAAAGACACCAAAUCAUUCAACUGUCGCAUUGAAUAUGAGAAGACUGACCGCAACAAGAAGACUAUCCUGUGCAACUUCGACCCAUCCAAAGUGUGCUAUCAGGAACAGACACACAGCCAUGUUUCCUGGCUGUGCUCCAAACCCUUCAAAGUCAUAUGUAUCUAUAUCGCCUUUUACAGUGUAGACUAUAAGUUGGUGCAGAAGGUGUGCCCUGACUACAACUACCAUAGUGACACUCCUUACUCUUCUACAGGAUGAUUAAGCAGAGGUAGUGUGCUUCAACAUUUUGUUUGAACCAUUUCUGUAAAUGUAAACCUCUCUUUGCCCUGAAAUACAUAUUUAACUGAGACAUGCUUCUGGAGAUAUCUGGAUGCAUUGUUACAAAACUUCUGAGCAUACUCCAGACACAGAUUUGGCAUUCCAUAGUGAGGUGUCCAGGGACUUGCUUUUAGGAUUUGACUUGGGAUUCAGAGAUUGCAGUCAACCCUGGAUGACUCCUUCAUGUAACAACACCACAUGUUCUCCUGGUGUAAUUAGCAUGUUGUCCAGAUGUUUCCUUCAAGGCUAGACCAUGGGCAAGCUGUCUCCUGAUUGGCAGAGUAUCCAGCUUCUGUGUGAGGGCUGCACUGCAGCAUGUAGUCAAACGAGUUCCUCUACUCCCUCACAGUCAGGUCUGGGACAACAUAUGAUAUAAAAAUAAUGAUAUGUAAAAUUGACUAUCAGCUCAAUAAUGACAAUACCAACACACUAGCAUUGUUCUCUGGCAUUUAAAACAACACAACAAACAACACCGCUGAACAUAGUGGAGUUUUCAUUAAUCUGCCUUUAAAGAAAGGUCAUCUCCAUUUGUGCAGGGAGCAGGAUUUUUUUGUCCUAUUGGUCUGUUGUUAUUGUUCUUUUAAUUUUAGAACAAAUAAGUCUGAAUCUGUUUUUCUGUGUCUAUCUCUUAUAGGGAUGUUCAUCAAUAUAUGCCCAGGACAAAUCAAAGUGAUCACAUUUUAUCCAAAGGCAAGCAGAGAGUAUAAUCUUCAUUCACACAAACUUAAUAAAUAAAUAAAUGAAUAAAUAAAUAGAUGGAUAAAUAAAUUGAUAAAAAAGGACUUGUCAACGUUAUCUUACUGCUGCCUUUUUAUGAAUUAUUGUUGUUGGUUCUCUGCUGCAGUCAUCCUCUCACACAUGUGUGUAUGCUUAACCAGUAGGAAAACCAACAUCUGUGUUGGCAGGAGGCUCUUUGGGGCAUCUUUCUGCUGAACAGCACCACACUGGAUUAAUGUGUCAGGAGAGGUGGGAAGAAGUGAUAAUUGCAGGACAGGUGGAUUUACUGCGUCUGGCAGACAAUUAUCAGCACUUUGUAACAGCCCUACCACCAGCACCGGCAUUAUCUGUACUCAAUGUGCUUCAAUUAGCCCGGGAAAUUUCAUUUAGCUUAGCUCAUUAGUAAUGAGAGCAGAAGCAGAAAAAAUAAAGAAAAAAAGGCAAAUAUCAGCAGUAAAAGGGGUCAAAUUAAAGAUAGGUUUGGAACAUUAACAAGACAUACCAUUUAAAUUCAAUUUUUUAAUAUUCCCAGAUUUUACAGAAGACUUAAAUUUACUGACUCCCUGAAGUCUAAAGCCUGUCUUUUAGUGAACAGUGAAUUUGCUCCAAUUUAGAGAUCUGAGAACCUAAAACACAGAAACUAGAACUGUUUUGUUGUUUGUUUGUUUUUGGCCAGGGCAUGUGUCAAUGAUUCCUGUUUACCUGAUGUACCUACUGUCUUCCCCCAUCAGCUGUAAAUGAUCAUCACAUCAUACAAAUGAAAAAGGUGUACGAUAGGAAGCCUGAAGGUGGUUUAGGUUGAUGUUUUAGUUAUACUACUUUGUGCAAAUGCUGUGUAUAAUUCUGUGUACCUCAAAAUCUAAACAUUUUUAUUAUGGCUUCAGAGUAAA